AUGAGGAUGCACCUCCAGAUCUGGACGCUUGCAACCUCGACAGCAUCAAGGCCUCAAGGGUUGGUUAGAGCUCGUCGACGUCUGACGGCAGCCAUUGCUAGGAGUGGGAGGAGGAAAAACAUAAAAAGCUCAAAACAACGACGUAUAACAAGUUUCACCUGCCUUCUCAUCUCUAUUUCUCUCUUUCAACCUACUCAUGCCCAAAACUCACCCCAAGACUAUCUUGACUCUCACAAUGCCGCUCGGAAGCAAGUUGGCGUGGCGAACAUGACAUGGGACAACAUGCUUGCUGCCUACGCCCAAAGCUAUGCAAACCAACGGGUUAGCGACUGCGGCCUUGUGCACUCCAAUGGACCCUAUGGCGAGAACCUUGCCAAGGGCACUGGCACAUUCACUGGCACCUACGCCGUCAGCUUAUGGGUUGCAGAGAAGCAGAACUACAAUUACAACACCAACACCUGCGUGAGCGGGUGUGAUUGCUUGCACUACACUCAAAUGGUUUGGCGUGACUCAGUUCGAGUCGGGUGUGCUAAGGUUCAGUGUAACAAUGGGUGGUGGUACGUUGUGUGCAACUACGAUCCUCCAGGCAACUAUGAAGGAGAGCUUCCAUACUAGGAAAGGCUUUUAGAGU